CCUGGGCAGCCGCGCGGAGCAACGCGGGGGCCCCGGGUGCGAGGCUGCCCGCCUGCCUCUGCGUGUAUGUCGGGAGCCUCGCGCGCGCGGCCCUGCUCGCUUCCCAGCUCUUGCUAGCUGCCUGGGGGGCACUCCUGGGCUUGGAAAUGCCCCUGCAGCAGGUGAAACGAAGACUGGAACUAGGAGAAAGCGGCCAGCAAUUUCUAGCUGAAGGGUUAAGAACGCCAAAAGGGAAAGGGAGAGCCACAACUAGAAGUCCAGAUAGUCCAAAAACUCCAAAAUCUCCUUCAGAAAAGACACGAUAUGACACAUCACUUGGUCUUCUCACAAAAAAGUUCAUUCAGCUGCUGAGUCAGUCCCCAGAUGGCGUUGUGGACCUGAACAAAGCAGCAGAGGUCCUUAAGGUGCAGAAAAGGAGGAUAUAUGACAUCACCAAUGUUCUAGAAGGUAUCCACCUCAUUAAGAAAAAAUCCAAAAACAACAUUCAGUGGAUGGGCUGCAGUCUUUCUGAUGAUGGGAGCAUGUUGGCACACUGUCAAGACUUGUCUAAGGAGGUAACAGAACUCAACCAGGAAGAGAAGAUAUUGGAUGAAUUAAUACAAAGCUGUGCCCUUGACCUCAAGCUACUAAGAGAAGAUGCUGAGAAUCGGAGAUUAGCUUAUAUUAGAUAUGAAGAUAUUCGAGAAAUUAGUAGCCUUAAAGACCAAACUGUCAUAGUUGUGAAAGCUCCUCCAGAAACAAAACUUGAAGUGCCUAAUCCAGUAGAGAACAAGCGGAUUCACUUAUCUAGUACCCAAGGACCUAUUGAUGUUUACCUUUGUUCAGAAGAAACUGACUGUUCUAGUCCAGCGAAAACCCACAGUCAGGACCACAAUGGAAAUAUCUCAAGAAACAUUUCCAAAGAAGUGACUUCUGAUCAUCCUGGAAGCGUCACCUGUUCCGUUACUACAGCAGCCAUCUCCCCGUUGAUCUCUCCAACUAACUUUCUGCAGCAGACAGAGGACCAAAUUCCUUCCAACUUUGAAGGGCCGUUUGUAAGCUUGCUGCCUCCAUUACUUCAUGAUGAUUACUUGCUCAGUCUCGGUGAAGAGGAGGGCAUCUGUGACCUCUUUGAUGCUUAUGAUUUGGAAAAAUUUCCUGCACUGGUAGAUGAAUUUUUAUACAGCUGAUUAUUCCUUGUUUCCCCAUAAAAAACAUUUUUUAAAAAUGGAACUAGAAUACCUGCUGUAAUUCCCUAUUGCUUAUUCCCUUGCCUCUUAACCAUUGUUCCAUUUCAGGAAUAGCAUGUAAAGUGCUGAGAAUUUUAAAGAACAGUCCAAAUACAGAACUGCAGGCUUUCUUGUCUGAGUUAACUUAACCCCAAAUCCCAGUUAUUUCUGGUCUGGCAAAUUUAUGUUAGAAAUGCACACAAAUGGAGGAAAUAUACCAUUCUCUCAGUCUUGAUUUCUUACCAUGACUGAAAGCUUCAAGAAGGGCUGGAAAAACUGUUUGUUGCAUUAAGCAAUUCUUCCUUAAUAUUUCAAACUGUGCCUUGUGUGAAGAGUGCAUGUCUCAAAUCUUCAAUUGUAUCUACAGUAAUAAAUACAACACGCGUAUGUAUGUGUUUUGUAAAAUACAAAAAGUUGUGAUAUGGGUUUCUUCCAAACUUGCUAGGAAUGUUUAAGCUGUUCUCACUGCUCCAUUUCUGAGCUAAUAUACCUAUUGUCUCAGAGGGGAGAGAUGCAUUCUUUUUCUCUAAAAUAUACUUUAAAUGUAUGGUAUGUUGCAAUCCUGGUUAAAACAGAGAUGGCUCUGAUUGCGCACAGUGCAAAUAGAAUUUUGGUUUUUGGUAAAUCUGUUCAGGGGAAGGAGAAGAAUGAACCCAGACCUGUGAUCAUUUCCCUAAGCGCCAAUUGGCCAAGAUCUCAUUGUUUAUCAUAGAGAUGCAGCAAUUAGAGUAGGAAAUUAAGUAACAACUACUUAUGUGCGACUCUCUAGCUGAACAGAAAUUGGCUUCUGUGUGCAUAUAAUCCCUAGCCUGGACCAGGACGAUCAUUCUCUUCCUCCCUCUUUCCUUUCCAGAUAGUAAAUGAAAGUUUUUAAAAUUAUUUGUGAGGAAAUGAUUUUUUAAAAAUAUUAAACAAAGAUGCACAGGUCAAUUUUAUUAUCCCUAAUGUGCAAUAGAAGAUGGUACAUAAAAGUUUUCUGGUACAAAAUGGGGCUUUGCAUUAAGUGCCUCCUACAAUUGCACUGUGGGCUUUUUCCUCUAAGGGAUGCUCUUUUAUGUCAACCUUCACUUAUUUACCACGCUGUGUUCUUUCAGUGGGUUCGUUGCCUGCCUCUGGGUUUGGGAGUUGAUACAAAGCUGACAUUUCACCCAAAAUGAAAACAUAAAAAUAUACUUGACGGUACUCAAUUGAGUUUAAUUUAUAAGCUCUUUGUUAGUAGGGUAUGUUUAUUUUCUAAAAUUAGUAGUAUUCAUGUGUCUUAAAAUGUUGCCAUGUAAGUAGUUGACUAUCCCAAGCAGUUUGCAUUUUUUCCCCUAUCUGAUGCUUAAUAAAUAAAUGUUUUGUGUGUUUAAAAUAUAUGUGCAGGUUUUCUGGUACCACUGAGAUGCUGCUAAUAGACACUCUCAAAUGAAAUGGUUGAGUAAUAAUAUGAAAGCUAAUGAGUAAGCCUUGGAAUAUAAUUGUGUAAAAAGGACAACAGAUUAAGAACUGUUAAACAGUAUUAAGUAUGUUUAUAACUGUAUAAAACAUGCAUAGUUCAUUAUUUAAUUUGUGUGUUCUUAGACUUUAGUCAUCUAAUAGUUUUGUACAAAUAAGAAUUAAUUUGUAAACCUGACCAGAAUAUUUUGUAGCUGGUUUGUAAUUUCUUGAGACACUUAAAAUAUGGGUCUGUACAUGAAAAAAAUACAGUAUUUAAAGGGUUUUUUUGUCCUGUAGAAGGAAGUAAAAGUUGUGUGAGCAUGGAUGUUUUUAUGGAAUGAAGGGGGAAGAAUGAAAUGAAGGGGAAAAAAAGUUAUGCUAUUUUGUACAAAUGACAGACAUUCCCCAGCGUGUGGGGUAAAAUACUAACCUUAGUAUAGCUUUGAAUUGUAUGCUAGUUCUAAAAAUCUCGUGUAAAAUAAUGUAAAAAACAAAAUAAAAAAUAGCUUUGCAUUUAUAGACCUGUUCUUCAGCUGUGACUUUGCCACUUCAUAUAUAAAAAUAUAUAAAUAUAUAUAACUGAUGAUUUUUUAUGGUAAUCAAUAAAAAGCUUUAUAUCCAUAUAUGAAUGUUGCCUCAUGAGUUACUGAUUUGUGUUUGGCGACACCACUGGGCUUGAAAUCCCUUUUAUUCCAGUGAAGGCAUUUUCAGAGGUAGUGUAAAAAUAACACACGCAUCUCAGCAAUAUAGGCACUCGUGCUUUCUCCAUUUGAAAGACAGCCUGGCUGAUGCAACAGGGAAUGGCAUAUCAUAACUAAGCUUUACUCCAGAUGAGUUUAAGCUGAGCAUGGUCUGUUUAUCCGUAGUACCAAGUCAGUAAAUUCUGCAGAGCUGCUUUCUGGUCUGGUGUGCCAUUUCCUCAUAUGGCAUUGGUAUGAACCCAAGACACUGCCUGAACUGCUGAAGGAGGAAGAGCUUGUUAAAUAUACCAACCUCAAGCUGUGCCUUUGAGCAUAUACAGAAUUGAACCACCACCACAGGGAAUCAGCUUUGUGAAGGAUUUAAAGCCAGGUAAUAGUAAUUGGUGUUCCUGGUAUUUUGGAUAAUUCUCCUGGCUAGGAAAGUAAGAUUCUAGGUAGGUCUCUAAAUUUCUGGUUGAGUGACUUUAGGAACUGUUUGUUUAGUCUGCCUCCAACCAAGUCCAUUUAGGCUGCUAACAUUUUUCCUGUUGUGGUGAUUGGGUCCAGUUGAAGCCGUUAUUUGUUGGUGGAAGUAACUGAAGAGACUGGGCUUCCAAAUGGCUGAGCAAAAUGGAUGUGCUAAAGAACAUCUCUUCAUUCCCUGCAGGUGAUUUGUACAUCCAACACUAUAACCGAGUAAUAAGACAAGAG